ACAGUGGACUCCACUUUAUCUUCUUUCUUUCGUCCGUUUUCCAAACCAAUAAUUUAGCUUCAGCUCUCAAGCUUUCAGCUAUGGCGUCCGCCUGAUCACUUCACUUCGCCACUUCCUCACAGCAUCCAUGGCGCACGCCGCCCUCGUCUCCCUCCUCCACACUCUGCACAACCUCUCCCGCUCCGAUCACUCCCACACUCUCUACCCACACGACCAAGUCCAAAACCUCCACCAAAAGCUUCUCCACCUCCAAACUUCCCUCGAAAAGAUCUUCCCUGUCACCAGAGACAUCAGAGACACCGUAUCCGACCUCGAAUCCCAAAUCCGAGACGCAGUCUUCAAAUCACAGGACACAAUCGACUACUUCCUCUCCACCUGCCUCCUACCCCCACCCACCCCCGCCGAUCUCCGCCAAAUCAUCUCCAGCUUCGAUCCAAUCGCCAAAAACGCCGACGAACUCGUCGAUUCCGUCAAACACGUCCGUUUGGGGACCGAAGGAACAGAUCCGUUCACGAACGAAGCUAUCGCCUCCAAAUUCACUUCCAGAUCCAAAACCACGCGGAUCGUCGGCCAGGAAGAGGAUUUCAAGCUCGUAACCGCCGAGCUCGUCUCCCCCUCCGACGACCUCCAAAUCAUUCCGAUCAUCGGUAUGCCUGGAAUCGGUAAGACCACUCUCGCUCGUAGCAUCUACUUAGAUCGACGUAUGGAAGACGAAUUCCUCGCCCGCGCUUGGGUAACGGUGUCGCCGGAGUACAAUUUCCGCGACAUCUUCACCAAGCUUCUGUCCUCCAUUGAAACACGAGGUCAGAAAGGGGACGAAUCCGUCUCCAAUCUCGUCAGCCGCGAGAGCGACGAGCAAUUAGCUCAACGCCUCCAUCAAACCUUAUACGAUACUCGUUAUCUGCUAGUAAUCGAUGAUAUGUGGGUAGAAACUUGUUGGGAUCGAUUGAAGCAGUAUUUCCCUGACAAUAAGAACAGGAGUAGGAUCAUCCUCACCACCAGGCACAACCACAUUGCCGAUCAUGUCAAUCGAAUCGGAUUCCGCCACACCAUGAAGCCAUUAAACGAAGAAAACAGUUGGAUUCUGCUAUGUGAUCGUGUCUUCGGAACUGGAAAUUGCCCCCCACACCUCCACGAAACCGGCCAGAAGAUAUCGAAGAACUGCCGGGGGCUGCCCCUGUCGCUGACCGUCAUCGGCGGGCAGCUCUCGCAGGAGAGGAAGACCGUCGAGUAUUGGACGAUUAUCGAACGCGACAUUUACGCCGCAGUCGCUUCGACGGACGAGAAAGAGUCGUAUAUCGAGAUUCUAACGUUGAGCUAUAAUCACUUGCCGAGUCGGCUUAAAGGCUGUUUUCUUUACAUGGGAGGCUUCCCCGAAGAUAGCGAGCUUCUUCUAUCGAAGCUGACGCGGUUAUGGGUCGCCGAAGGGUUUUUAAAAGAUUCGAGGGACGAAAGAUUCGACGCUUUGAAGAAAGCAUUGAACGAUUCGAAGGACAAGACGACGUUGGAAUUCGUCGCGAAGAGGUUCUUGGAGGAGCUCAUCGACAGGAAUCUCAUUGCGAUCCGUAAGUUCGGUCCCGACGGUCGGAUUAAGUCAUGCGGGAUUCACGACGUUCUUCGCGAUAUCGCCAUUAAAGAGUGUCAAAAGGAGAAGUUCUUUCACGGCAUAAAAAGGUAUUACGAACCGAUCCCGAAAGGUGCCGAGACGCAGAGGCGACUUUCGGUGCACAAAAACAUUCUCAUGUGUAUGGAAGAAGUUUACGAUGCCGCCAUAGCUGUCACUACUGCCCGGAGUUUUCUCUUCACCGGAAACCACCACCACCACCCGUAUCCUUACUCAUUAGACUUCCAUUACCUUAGAGUAUUGGACGCUCUUACGGUAUUUUUCAUCGAAUUCCCGGACGAAGUAGCGAGAAUGAUCCACUUGAGUUAUCUUUCGCUUACCUACAAUGGGAAGAUUCCUUCGUCGAUAGGAAAGCUUCGAAAUCUUCAAGCCCUGAUCGUUCGGCAGCAUCCGAAGGUCAUAUUCUUGGGCGCGUCGAUGCUGCCCGACGUAAUCUGGAGCAUGCCGGAGUUGAGGCAUCUGUUCUUUACCGAAACCGAGCUGCCCGAUUUUUCCGGAGUAGACUUUCUGUUGAGGGGCAAUCCGCUCCUCGAAAACCUUCAAUCUCUAUCGAACAUCAACGCCACUUGCUGUAACUGGGACGUUCUCCGAAGAUUUCCCAACUUGAAGAAGUUGGAGACGUGGGUUGCGACACCGGAUGAUCCUGUCGAUUUCCAUAUCGACGGGCUUAAAUUUCUCGAAGUUUUCAAGUUUUCGGUUCUGAAUCCUGUCCCGGAGAAGAAGAUCGACUUCCGGCCGGCGCUUGCUUUCCCGAACAAGCUGAGGAAGUUGAGUCUGAGCGGGUGCGUGAUCCCGUGGGACGACAUGUCGAUACUUGGACAAUUGGAACAUCUCGAGGUGCUGAAGCUGCGGGAGUUUGCGUUCCACGGGCAUAACGAGGAAAUCGAGAGCCGGCUGGACGAAGGAACCGUUGAGGAAGUUUCGGUGUGGUUGCCGAAGGAAGAGCAGUUCAGGGUGCUGAAGUACCUGAUGCUUGAAGGCCUGGAUUUAGAUUACUGGAUUGCCGACGACACGCAUUUCCCGAGCCUCGAAACGCUGAUCGUCCGGCAUUGCUAUGACUUGGUGGAAAUCCCUUCGGAAAUCGGAAACAUAGCGUGCCUGGAGCUCAUCGAAAUGAUCGACUGCAGCCCUUCCUGCGUCUCGUCGGCGCGCGCGAUCAAGAAGGAGCAAGCGGACAUCAAUAAGCUACUUCAGUCGGUUGUAACGGACUGAAAACUUCAUCGUGGUUGCAAUCGCUUGAAGAACCGUCUUCGAUUACAUUUCGUGCUAUCAACCGACCAGCCGAUCAGACCAGACACUAAUCAACCGACGAACCACGCUACUGACCAACCGACCAAUCAAAUGACUGAUCAACCACGCUAUUGACCAACCGACCAAUCAAGCGACUGAUCAACCGACAUGUUUCUUCAAUGGGCGUCCGAAGCCCACUCUUUUUUUGGGUUUAUCUGUAGGCUCAAAGUUAAAAUCCAAUUAUAGGCCCAAUAAAAACCCUAAAAUAUUUUAAUA